GUCAUCUCCGCUAAGGUGUUGAUGCAGAUUCUGUUGAUGCUGCUGGCCAACGGAGACUGCGUCUGCACCCCCGAGCUGGACUGGUCGUCGCGGAAGGAGCUCGUCCUCGGCCAGACGCUUUUCGGCUGCCUCACGCUCGGCCUGGAGGUCUGGGGCGACAGCGAGCACCAGAGCACGUCGGUGGAGUACAUCUACGACACCAGGCCUGGCAUGGUGCUCGUCGCUUUUGACGCCCUGUGGCUGUACAUGUUCGCCUCGAGGUCGUGGCAGACGAUGGAGAACGAGAAGAGGCUCAAGCCGCGCCAGUUCUACAGGCAGUAUGGCCCCCUCUUCUCGCUGUGGUUCGCGACGCUGCCCAUGGUCGCGACCCUCGCGACGCUCAUAGCCGCGUGGGUGCGCUACCGGAUCGUGCUCGCCAUGAACAACCUGGCGCACGCGUUCGCGCUGGGGGCAUAG